GAGGUUCCUUACUGCGUUUGGGUUGGAUGCAGCACUUUCACUAAAGAUCGAACCGGUGUUUAUAGUGUGUGGUCGCUUUAGACUCGACUUUUCUCCCAAUACUACUCACACUUACCUAAUUCAGUUAUUCAAUACCUGCCUCUGGCUUACCAGAGAUAUUACCGCAUAAGUCUUCUCUCUUUCUCAGUAAACUCAGUUUUCGAUUUGACGAAGUGCUUUCUUUACGAUUAAAUCGGUUUUACUUUUUCUACACCAAUAUGAUUAAAAUUAAAUCGUUUGUCGCUGAUAGUUUGGAAAUUGUGUUGUGUUUAUAUGGUGUUAUACAGUAUCUGUUUGGAAAAACCGCAGGAUUAAAAACUCUAAAGAAAAUUAACGGAAUAAACAUAAUAUUCGUUUUACUUUCAAUAAUAUUUAGUUUAAUAUCGUUAAUACUUUUAACAAUAUUACUACUACCAUUAGCAGCGUAUAAAAAAGUAGUUUCGAUCUAUUUAAAAAGUAAAUAUAAAGAUGAUUUUGGUGAAAUGCUCGAAGGUAUCGACAAUCUAUGGGCAAUUGAAACGAAGCAGUCAAGACACAUCAUAAAUGCUUUAAUGUAUAUUGAAUACAAUGAUUCCAAAGAAAGCAUUAUGGCACGAAUUUACGAAGUUUUUAAAGAAAAACUGGUUUAUCAAUUUACGUGCGUUCGAAAACGAGAGCUUGGAUAUUAUUUUCGACUUUUAAAUCGGAUAAAGCCCGAAGACUUAAUAUCGAAGUGGAAUUUAUCCGACGAAGAGUUGUCGAAUAAAGAUGCUUUUGAGGAUGCUUUAAGAAAAAUAAGUAAUCAACCGAUGCCUAUUAAUGAUACAGCUUGUUUUCAAUUGUUAGCUUCAAUGGUACCUAUUACAUUUUCACCCAGCUGUAAUAACAAUAAUGGAAAUAGUAAGAAAGUUUAUCCAAUUAUGUUAAGAAUUCAUCAUUCAGUAGGAGAUGGUGUCGCAUUGCUAAGUUUUCUAUUGAAAAAUGUAUCUGAUGAAAAAAUAAACGUUGAAGAAGAAAUCGUUAAAAGAAUUAUGAAAAACAACACGAAACCACCAAAAAAGAAUAAUUUAUCUUCGUAUGUUACAAAAGUUAUUGACACCAUCAAAAAAAUUUCCAAUCUUAACGUGUACUAUUUUGCACCGAUUGAAAAUCGUGAUCAAAAUUGCUUACACGGUCCAAGCUUAUCCGGAAAACAAAUUCUAACCUCUUAUUUAGAAGAAAAUCCGGUUUACGUUAAUAAAAUCAAAUCGAUUAAAAAACGCAUUCCGGGUUGUUCGUUUUCGGACGUUAUACUAACAGCUAUUUCAGCCAGUUUUCAUGAAUAUUUCACGAAAUACGCGGAAGAGGUUCCCGAAACCAUGUGUUUAUCUUUCAUUUUGAAACGAUUCGAUAAAAAUUUGAAUUAUACUGUUACAUAUGAUGGUAAAAAAGAAUUCGAUUUAGGAAACCAUUUUUCAAUGGGAAUGUUGAAAUUACCGAUUCGAAUUAACGUAAAUGAUCCAAAAAAGCCUUUACAGGAACGUUUAUACAAGGUUAAAGAGGAAAGUGAAAAAAUAAGAAAUUCUGUUGAUAUUUUGCUUUAUUAUUGGCAAUUAAAAUUUUUCACAAAUCUACUUCCUGCUCCAGUUUUAAAUUUGAUUAUGAAAUUAAACGAAACAGUAACUACAUCUUUCAGUAAUUUACCAGGAAUAGAAGGCGUGCACAUUAAAGGAUAUAAAGUGAAAGAUAUUGUAUUUUGGGUUCCACCAGUGCGAAGUAUAGGUAUUGGUUUAUCUAUUUUAACUUAUGACAACAGAUUCCAAAUGGGAUUACUUGCAGAUGAAAUAUUAAUAUCAAAGCGUCAUAAAGCACAAUCUGUUUUAAACAAUAUAAUCAAACACAUUGAUGAUAUUGAUAAUGAAUUAAAAUAAUUAAUAAUUCUUGUUUUUAAUUAAAGGCUGAUAAUUUAUGUACAUUUUAUUAAAUAUAAAAAUUUGGUUUUAAUUUAUAAUGCAACCAACAUGUGAAUGUUUUCAAUGAAAAUGGGAUAAAUAAAAAUAUAAAAAGUU